AAAGGGAGUUUAUAUUGCAACUACCCAAGCCAACAAAUCCAAAUAAAUCUGUGCUUAUUCAUUUCUGCUUCAGAAUACCACUAGGAAAAGAAAAGUACAAGAAUGAAGACAGCGUUAAUUUUCCUCUUUUUGUUGGGUUUGAGCAGUUCAUUUUAUAUCAAUCGAUUCCAAAGGAAAUGGAAAGAGGAUGAAGGAAAAGGAAUAGCAAGGAAUACACACGGAUCCCACUUUUACCGGUCCUUAUACAUGGAACCACGUUAUAGACAAUACAUCAACUAUGCUAAGGGUGGCAGCUCUUCAGAAGAAAAUGAAGAUAGCUCAGAUGAGAGUGAUUCAGAUGAACAAGGCAUAAAUGGAAAAGCAGAUUCUGAUGGAACUGGUGCAAAAUUAUCCGAGGGGAAGGGGGCAGCAGAAGAGGCUGAUUCAGAAAAUGAAGAAGAGGAAGAAGAACAAGAAGCUCCAGAAGUGGAAGAAAAUUCAGCCAACCAGAAUGAAACAGAGACAGAGAAUGACGAAUUAGAUACAACCACAAACAGUACCUCACUGGAGACUACACAAGCAAGCAUUACUCCACCUUUCACUAGAGACCAUGAAAUCAAUGGUGAUGGGGUAACUGAAUCACCUGGUGGUGGGGUAACUGGACCCCCUAGAGUUAGCUAUGAUGAAAAUGGAGGCAAUGAAGAAGGAAGCAAUGGUGGCAUUAGCAGUACUGCAGCAUAUGAAACGGAAAGCAUAAGUGUAGAGUAUGAGCAUGGCUAUGAGCAUACAUAUGAUCAUGAAAAUGAAGUUGAUUAUAGAAGAAUAAGAGGAGAUAAUUAUGCACGGUAUGAGGAUGAGUACAAUUACAGAAACCGCUACUAUGAUCAAUAUGCUCAACAAUAUGAUUAUUAUCAGUAGAUUCAACUGAAAGUUGUCAAAAUGGGGUGCAAGCCGAGCUUUACCAAAGGUUAGAGGGAAUUGUGGUAUUAUAUUUCUUUUUGUUAUAAAAAAUCUUGUACUGUGUAUUGUUUCUAGCAACAUUAUUAUAUACUGUAUAUUAUGUAACAUGAGCCCAACAUAUUAGGAUGCUCAUUUAAAAGGGGCAUUUAGGCAUAGGCUGCAUUGUGUAUCCUCCAGGUUACUUACAAAGAUAUUGGUAUCACCUGUAGAAUCAAACAUAUGCACAACAGGAGUCACUUGUUGGUGCUGUCAACAAGUCAUUGUUACAGUAUGUACGAACAGCAUUGAUGUAGCAUUUAAGGUAACCUCUAUGGCUGCCUUGCCAAGCACAAUGCAAUAAACUUUGUAUCAUACAUUCUACAUGAGUAGUCUACAGAAAGAAGUGGCAGUAAGUAUCACUGUUGAUUUUAACAGCUUUUAGACUUCUAUUGUAAAAUGCAUAAUGCAUAAGCCCUACACCAAACCUCUGUGGGUCAUGAAGUUUCCUUUUAGAUAUGCAAAUGCAUAUAUCCCCGUAUUCCUGAAGUAUCAGCAUAACACUUACAAAAUUAUUAAAUCUUAAUUUUUUAUGGACAACAAAUGAGCAAAAGUGUUUAAUUAAUCUCUGGGAUUAUUGAUUUAUCAAAAGUAUGAAAAGCACAAUCACAAAACAUACCAUGCUAUUUAUAAAGAUGUGUAUUGUUUUUAAAGAAGUAGUUUACCUCAGUAGUGGCUUUUAGUUUAGCCUAUACAGUAGUAUUACAAGACAAUUUGCAAUUAGCCUUUUAUUGUUUAUUUUUGUAGUUAUUCAGAUGCAUCUAACAGACUCAGAAUUUCAACUGCUGUCUGGUUGCUAUAUCUUAACUACUUUAGAAGCCAGGUAUCAUUUUGCAAUGUAUAAUGGAAGAUGCAUAAGAAAUGGCCUUAGUGAAAGAAUUAGCUUAAAUACUGAACGUUUUUUUGAUUGCUGAGAAUCAAGAAGCAGAAAGAAUUUACACUUGCUGUCUGAAAAGAUGCAGUAAUGGGAGGUUUAUGGUUUAAUAACAUUAAGACAUUUUGAAAAAAGACUAGUUGAACAGUCGCAUAGAAUACGUCCCUCUAUAACAUACUAAAGAGUUCAUUAAUAGGUGAACUUCCACUUUAAAAGCAAAUAUUGACAAUUACCACAAUAUUUUACAUGGCCUCCGAUCCGACCCAAUCCAAAUAGUGGGACAAGCAAAAAAAUUCUUGCAUAGAAAUUGGGUGAAACCUGUGAAAACAAGCAGCAGAACCCAAUGCCAUUUUUACAUGAACUUAAACCAACUAGAAUUUUAUACAUAUGCCAAACUCUAUUGCCCAGCUUUAUAACUGCACAUGAUUUUGCAUGACAUGCCAUGCCAUUAAAUUUCUUUUAUUAGGUGCACUCUAAGGCCAAUUUUUACACAACUUUAUAAAUAUGCCCAUAAUGCUUGCCAAGUACACAGAGAACAAGCAACAUCUUUGUGCUGCAUAAAUAAUAAUGAUUACUCUUUAGCGCAAGUAAAGAAAAUGACAUUGUACUAUUGUCCUGUUACAUUAUUAACCAUGUAAUGUGGAGCAAGAUGAAUUCUAUGUAACAUUAAUGUACCCUUCUCUGUGCUUGUAAAGUAAGAAGAAACCUUCUGUGUCUCACUAGCAAGCAGAAUCUCUGUAUUUAUGUCACUAAUGAAACAAAUAUUUGGUUUAAACAUCCUAAUACUGAUUGUUUCAGGAAAUACAAUGAGAAAUAUAUACUUGGUGCUAGAUAUAUGUACUGUA